AUGUCACAACAAACAGAGGCCCGGAUUGUACCUCCGUGGGGACCGAGAGUGUCGGACUUCGAUUACCAACGACCAGUGACACCACCAUCUACCCUUGGCCAUCAGGGUGAAGGCAGAUACAGAGACAGCAAGAUGGAGUAUCCAGAGUUCGAUUUGGACCCUGAUGUCCGCCCCUUGCGACUCGUUGGACUCCCUCCUCCACCACCUCCACCGCCCCCUCCUCCUCCUCCGCCACCUUUCACCAUUUCGCCUACGACUGUUGUGUCAACAACACAGCCCUACUCGAAAUAUCCGAAAAAUAAACACCAAAACUUAGCUCAACUUGAAGAUCAAUACGAAGGAGUGAGAGACGGAAGGCUAGAUCUGAAAGGCUCCCGGUUCCGCCUACAGUUGGAAAGAAGAAGACUUCGGAACAUACGGCAGGAGCUUGGCGAGAAAGAAGGUUCCGCUCUAUUACAAUUGCGUCGGUUUCUUCAGGAAGAAGGAUCUGCUUUACCUGACUAUAUUGAGAAAGCUAUCCAGGAAGUCGACGACAUAAGAGAUCUUCUCGGCUCACGUGAGGCGGAUUACGAGGCAGCCGAAAACGGUUUUGAUGUCCAAGAGAUCAAAUACGAAUCAAGAGAAGCAAAGCUCAUUGAUAACUUGCUGGACGACCUUGACGACAACCCCAUUGAGUCGGAUGCUCCUGUCAGCGGUGAAAUAGCGCGCCAGCCUUCAAUCAGCCGAGCCACUGAACAUGAAGUCUCUCAGAAAGAUCAUUCAAGCGAUUCAAAAGCCAAUAAAGAUCUAGAUUGGUGGCACUCGGACUUGCUAAAACAUUCCUGUUUGCGAAAGGCUUAUCCGCACACCUUAUAUCUACCUAGCAGCUGGGCCGAAUAUCCCUGGGGAAAAGAUUUAUCAGAGAGUGGGCAGAUUGUGAACAGUGUAGGGACACAGUUUCAACAAGGUGUAGAAUUACAGGACGAGAAAAUCGGCAUACCUCACUUAUUGGAACUCGGAGAUGCCGACCACGGGCCACCAGCCGAGUCGCUACACAUUUCAACCGAUUCUGGAGAAACUUCAAACGCUCCGAUAAAUAUGAAGCGCUCAGACAACCAAGUAAUCUCGCAACACAAAGGCAGACCAGAUCGGAUUUUCACGGAUGCGGACUCUGAUCAACAGUCCUCGUCUCCUGUUGAUGUAGAAGCAGAAGAGAACAGGGCCAAUCUUCUGAAACGGAGCCCGUAUUUCCCUCGACACACUAUCGGGGACAUGAGUCAAUUGAGCAAAUGGACCAAAGGAAGACCCCCUUUUCUAUGGAUCAAACAGCUACUACGAAAGAAUCAAUGA